GUCCUCGUAAUCAUGAUUUUGGAUAAAAUAGUAUUUUUCAUGGUUUUGGCAACCAGCCAAGCCGCACCCCCUGCAAAAUGCGACCCAGCAAAUGGUGCCGUUCUGCCGAAUACACCUCAAAUCGCAUCGGCAAUAAAAUCUUGUCUAAAUUCUACAAAAUUUACAUUUCCCGAAAUAAAAAGUGAAUCCGAUCUGAAUAAGUUUUUCAUUGAUUUUGAAGCGACAAAGUUUGAUGACAAAUGUUUCGCUAAAUGUGUUGGGGACGAGUUGAAAUUGAUAACAUCAGAUAAAAAACUAAAUCGUCAGGAAUUUAUAAAAUUACUGAAAUUUUCGAUUGAAAAAAUUGAUAAAGUGAUUGAGAGUGUUAUGACUGCAUGUGCGGAUGAGGGGGACAAUACUAACGACAAUGUGUGCAUAAAAGCAGCAAAAUUUCAGAUUUGUUUUGUGAAAGGAUUAUUGGAUAAGAAGGUUGAGACUUCAAAAUGUUAAUGUGAUAACGAAAUACGUCGAAAUAAAUGGGAACGCACAAUUUAAUCACUUUGUUUCUGGCCAAUAAAUUCAUGAUUGAUACUGAACUAUUUUAAUUGAGAAAUCCUUUGUUGUAUUAAAUAAUUAAAUUAAUGCUUUGCAGGAUUAAUUAUUUUCAUUAUUUUGCGAUGUGUAUUUAUUUGAACUUCUGACCAAUGGCAAGAUUUUUUAGGAUAAUUCAUAAAACAUAAAAAUUGAUCCGUUUCAAACGACAAAACGAAACCAUUCAGCUGUAAAACCACUUUUUUAUAUUCCAAAGAAGGAAAAAAACUUUGAAACGUGCAAUUAAUUUAUUUUCAAGUUUAAACUAUUGAAUUAUUUAUGGAAUGUGACAUUGAAUUUUAUACGUAAAGGUUUAGCGACGAUAAUCUGGAGACUGAUUAAGAAAUAAAAUAUUACGUGUCCAUUAAUGGUUGAAUAAAGUAAAAUUAUUGAUUUGAAAAUUGCGGUAAUGAGUGAAUUAAGUGAGGAA